UCAGCCAUCUAUCCUAUUCGUAUGUGUACAUAUAUAUAUAUACAGCCUCUGUCCUCUCUUCCUGGCCCCCUCUCUUCCAUCCUCCUUGAACAUUGAAAAAACCAAGAGAUCAGAAAAGAAUAUCAAAUGGGAUCGAUGCAGGCUCGCCGAUCGUCGGUUGUCAUGGCGGGUUGCAUACUUGCGGCUAUCAUGAUGUCGGUCGUGGCCGGUGUUAGGGCACAGGGGCCGCUGGCGACCAAGUGCUCCCAGGAGUUCCAAAAGGUGACGGCGUGCCUGAGCUAUGCGACGGGGAAGGCGGACAAGCCGACGAAGGAGUGCUGCACGGCAGUUACGGACAUACGGGGGACGGACCCGGCGUGCCUGUGCUUCAUAAUACAGCAGGCACACAACGGGAGCGAGCAGAUAAAGAACAUGGGCAUCCAGGAGCCCCGGCUCCUCCUCCUCCCCUCUGCGUGCUCCCUCAAGAACACCAACAUCUCCGACUGCCCCAAGCUGCUAGGAAUACCUCCAACUUCCCCAGACUACGCCAUCUUCACCAAUGCCUCUGCCACCGCUGCCCCGCCAGCGCCCUCUGGAACAUCCUCGCCGGAUACGGCCAACACUCACUCCGGUGCAGCCAAGCACGGCCCACAGCUUCCCAUGUUUGCCAUGGUCGCAGCGGCGGUACUCCUCAGUGCUUUCCAGAUUGGAUCGGCCUCUAAGCUUUUCGGGCCAUGGUAAAGCGUUCUCUUUGAGCAACCGAUCGAGGGAAACCAACACGCUAUGUGGAAGUUAGCUCGCAGUUCCACCUAUAUAAUUAGUCUUAAAGUUAUAUUUUCUUGAAUCUGAGUCUCUGGCAUAUCGGAUUGCCGUCUUUGUUUCGAUGUAUUUUGCUCGACUGACUUCUCCGAUUGAUUAACUUAUGUUUUCCGUUUCAUGCUGAAUUAUUGGUUUCAUCAGUCGAUUAAUUAUCCAUUAUCUGAAUGUAAUCGCCUGAUGAGAUCACCUAGAAAAGAGCUUUUCACGAAGCAUCUAUUAUU